AUGCCAACAUCUUGCCUUGUCCCGUGUCCCGUGAUUCAGAUAAGAAACGGUAAUGGGAGGAAGAGAGAAAUGGUUGAUGAAGAAAAGCGGUCGAACAAUGGAGUCCUCAAAAUGGCUGUCAAAAUUGCAGGCAGUCAGUAUUGUCGCCUCAGCCUGAGUAUCUCCCAGAGAUGGCAGAGAAAAGAUGUGAUGUACAUCUACCGAUAUGCUGAUAUGCAUAGUACCGAUAUGCUGCAUAGUUGCUUUUCUUUUUACCCCUGGCCUUCUCUAUCUUUUAUUUGCUCAGUUUUUCAUCAGUUUCAUCAACAGAACGGAAUGACUGAAGAAUGGUCAAAGUCAACUUAA